GAGGAAGUGGGUAAGGUGGUGGAGCCGUGGAGGUGAGGUUGGUGAUGAAGGGCCAAACAGGAAAAAAUAAGGGGUUUGCCUUUUUGCAUACUUCAGCAGUUGAUGCUAGAAAGGCUCUGGAGAAGUACUUGAGCGUCUAGAUUCGUGGAAAGGAGUGUGGCACGGCACCUGUUGAGGGCAAUGAAACUAUUUCUGGGUAACAUUGACAGGAAGUGGAAGAAUGAAGAUGUACUGAAACUCUUGCAGGAGAUUGGAAUUGAGAAAAUAGAUAAAAUUACAGUUAUUCCUGAUCUGAAUAACCCUGAACGUAAUUGUGGACUUGCAUUCCUAGAACUUGAAACUAACAGAGAUGCUCAGAGUGCUUACAGAAAACUUCAAAAGAAGGAUGUAUCUGGCAGGCAUUUAAAGAUAAAAGUUGCUUGGGCUGAACCCCUGAAAGAGCCAGAUGAAGAAGAGAUGCUAAAGGUGAAGUCGGUGUUUGCGGAAUUCAUACCUUUCUCCUGGGACGAAGAGAAAGUUAUAGAUUUUUUCAAAAAGCUUGGGGAGGUUGAAAAUGCGGUUCUUGCUUGAAAUCUCCAUUCAUCUAAGAGAAAAGACUUUGCAAUUGUUACGUUCACAACCUGUGAAGCUGCUCUUAUGUGCAUUGAGUCAUGUAUUCAAGAACUGGGCCUCAAAUUCUAUUAGAAAAGAAAUUCCUAAAGAGAAGCAGAAGGCAGCUGCCCAACGUGAGUAAACUUUUUACCUUUUAUUAUUUGAAAUAAUUAAAAAUAAAACUAAAGAAUGUAAUCAAGAUGGAUACUCUUGCUUUCCUACUUAAGGGGUGGGAGCCCUAAUUUCCAUUUUGAGAAGCUCAACUGCUUAUUUUUUAUGAUUAAGGCACUGUCUGUUCUCUUGUAUAAGGUUUUACACGUAUUUUCUUUUGUUUUCUCAUUGUUUUCUAUCUCCUGAAGAAUAAUAUUGGAAAAUUGAAAAAGUUCGCAAUUUUAAAAU